AUGGCUCGUUCAUCGACCUCGCAGCUAUUGCCUCCAAUUACAACAUUUCAACCAACUCAACCGCAACGACAAUUACCUUCUCCUCCUAUCCUACCUCCAGUAUCAUGUCUUGCUCCGCCACCGUCCUCGAUAUUAUCGUCUCCGUCCAACGAACACAAAAUCCCUAGUCCUCCAUACAUUUCUCAAUUACCACCUUACAUCCAAUCACCUCCGGCGGCUAAGCGUCAGCGUCAUCCUCAAACGGUCGAUCCUGCGUCUGAACUAUUGGCAGAGAAACGUCGUCGUAAUGCCGGUGCUUCGGCUAGGUUCCGUGAUCGCCGGAAGCAAAGAGAAAAGGAAAUGCAGGAAAAAUGUCAGUACUUGGAAAAACGUAUCCAGAAACUGGAAGGUCUGGAUAGUGUCAAGAAGAUCAACGAGCUGGAAAAGAAAUUGGAAGAAGCGAACAAGGAAAACGAGUCCUAUUUGAAGAAGAUCAAAGAUUUGGAGUCGCAGAUCGAGCAAUAUCGCUCGGAAGAGGACCGCAGCUACGAGAUCCCAACACCAUCCCCGUCAUCAGGCGAUCAUUAUAUCAGUAAUGGGUCUGUGACGGACAAGGAUGACUUUGAUCGGUCUGCCAGGCAAUUCCAAUCGCCAAACUCACCGGAUGAGGAUGGCGAAUCAAGCUCGGAAGCAAUGUCAGGUGUAGAGACAAAGAUGGCCAAGCUGACUGAUGUCAGAGCUUUGUUGUUGCCAUAA